AUGCAGUCCAAAUUCUGGGCCGCCGGGGCAGAGUCCUCCGAGUCCGAGUACACCUCGGAAAGCGAUGAUCAGGAGCAGACGCAGCAGCAGAAAAAGCCAGUAGCGGCUCCGUCUCGCUGGGCAGCAGCGGAGACGUCUUCAAGUGACGAUGAAGGCCGGGUAGUGAAGAGCCUCAAGGACCGCCGGUGGGGCGCCAUGAGAGAAGUCAUCCGCCAGAUGGAAAAUCACAUGAAAAUACUCGACUUUGCUGAGCUCGGGAAGGACUACGAGACGCUGCUGAAGAGCUACAGCAAGGCUCACCAGGUGAUAGAGCAAGAAGGGGUCCCGAAUUUUUUCAUUCGUGGUCUAGUGGAGCUGGAGGGAUUUAUUGAGGAGAAGUUGAAGGACAAAGAGAGCUUCAAAAAGCUAUCGAGACCCAAAGCACUGGCACUUAACACUCUCAGAGCGAAAGUUCGCAAAACAACAGAGCCUUGGGCCGCCAGCAUUUCAGAGUGCAAAGAAAACCCGGAAAAGUUCGAAACGCAAAGCGAGGAGUCGGAUGAGGCGGAUUCGGAUAGUGAUUUCAGCGAAGACGAGAGCAGCGAAGAGAGCGAAGUGAGUGAAGACAGCAGCGGCAGCGACUCUGAAGGGGAAGGCAAAGAGCGCAAGGAGAAGGCAGGUGGUUCUGAUGAUGGCAGCGACUGGUCCGACUCUGAAGCUGAUGAUGAGAGUCAGGGAGAGGAGGGAGACCGUCAGAAGGAUGCAAUGGCGAAGUGGGGAGUGCGGGAGGAGAGCGAGCGGAAGCGAGGAAAAUCCUCAAAAAAGAAGAGUGGUACGAAAGGAACGAAAACAGCAGCAAAGGAAGUCUCCCAGAGUCCAACAGAUGCAGGUUUCUCUACAAAAGACAUGGAACAUCUGUUCGAUAGCACCGAUAUUAAUGAAGAGGUGAUCGCGAAGCGCGUGCAGAUGGUGGUGGAAAAGAGAGGCCGCAGAGGAGUUGACAAAAUGGAACAGAUGAGAAUUCUGAAGCGGCUCGCUGAACUUGCCGAGACCGUCAGUCCGCAGUGCCAUCUGGAGGUGCUGGGGCAUUUGAUAAGCGCCGAGUUCGACACAACUUCAGGGGUCUUCACCAGCAUGCCGCUGCACAUCUGGGUUGAGACGUUUUCAGGUGUUAAGUUGCUGCUGUCCAUUAUGGAGCAGAACAAAGGCGCCUACUUGGUGCCUCUGGCGGGUCUCGCCGAGUCCUCUGCGCCUGAGGAAAUUCAGCAGAUCUCCGCUUCCAUUCUCACGUCCUUCGUAGAGCGUCUUGAUGAUGACCUCAUGAAGUCGUUGCAGUCAAUAGACGUACACUCCGACGAAUAUAAAGAGAGACUGGGCAAGAGCAUUGAUAUUCUAGCGCUUUUGUGGCGCACAUUCUGCUUCCUUGAUGAGAGGGGCUUCAAGACACAGGCGGCAACUGUUGCCCUCAAAGUCAACGAACACAUGCACUACAAGCCGGACAAUAUAGCGAUAAAAAUGUGGGAUGUGCUGCGCAAGGAGCUGCCUGAAGAGUUGUGCAAAGAUCUUCCGGGAGAGAAUAUUCCGCCCACUGCCUUCAUUGAGACACUCACGCGUUAUGUGUUCAAGCACUCUGCGAGUCAGAGGGAGAAGAUCCGAGCCCUUCUGCACGUGGCUUACAGCAAGAGCUUGCAUGAAGAUUAUUAUCAAGCGCGCGAUUUGAUGCACACCCCGAACAUUCAGGAGUUGGCAAUGCAGACAGACAUAUCGACGCAGAUACUGUACAACCGGAAUUUGGUGCAGCUGGGUCUCUGUGCUUUCCGCAACGGACUUAUCCAAGAUGCACACGCAUGCUUGUCACAGAUAUGCCCCAAACACAAGGAGUUGCUGGCCCAGGGACUGUCGAACCUCAAGAAUGUCGAACGCACACAGGAACAAGAAAGAGCAGAAAAGCGAAGACUCCUCCCGUACCACAUGCACAUCAGCAUGGAGCUCAUCGAAUGCGUUCACAACAUCUGCGCGAUGUUGCUGGAGGUGCCGCACAUGGCGCACGACGCAUUCGACCCGCGAAAGCGGCCGAUAAGCAAACACUUUCGGCGAAUGCUGGAAAUGUACGACCGCCAAACGUUCGUUGGACCCCCAGAAAAUCCCAGAGAAACUGUCAUGGCCGCUACGAAGGCGCUGCAGCGCGGUGAUUGGAAUGACUGCGCACGCCACCUCUGGAGCCUUAGCAUUUGGGACAAAAUGUACAACAAAGAGCAUAUUCAACAAAUGCUCCUUCAAAAGAUCAAAGCAGAAGCCAUGCGCACAUACAUCUUUACCUAUCUUCCGCUGUAUGACUCGUUUGCAAUCGGACAGUUGGCUAGUAUGUUUGAGCUUUCCUUAAAUGCCGUCCACUCGAUCGUCAGCAAGAUGAUGAUAAACGAGGAGAUUCACGCCAGUUGGGAUGAGACAAGUCAAUAUAUUUUAAUCAGCCGAGUGAAACACACGCGGCUGCAGCAGCUGGCGUUGACUCUUGCAGAGAAUGUGGCGAAUGCUGUGGAGCAGAAUGAACUGACGUUGAACAUGAAAAACCCAAAAUUCGCGUUGACGCACGAGCGCCGCUUCCAGCGUGAGACGGAUCGCGUGGGUUGGGGGUCUCGCGAUAGAGAGGACGGCAUGGGCCACCGCAGCAGGCCGGGAUUUAGAGGGCGCGCGGGUUUGAACCCGUUGGGGGCGCGGGGGAGAGUAACAGGAAGGGGGACAUAUCGCGGCAGCGGGUUUAGAAGCAACCGAGGCACAGGGGGUGACUACAGAGGCGAUUACAGAGACAACAGAGGAGGAGAUAACAGAAACGACUUCAAAAACAAUCUUGAACAAAGAGAUCCCUUCCGCAUUAAAUUCUCAAGUCCCCUUACCUACAACUGA